AUGGCUUCCUCCAGUAUUUCCUUUUCCAAGACAACUGUCAUCUCAUUGUCUGUACUAUUAAGUGCAGCAAUCGCUGUCCCUCUAAUGAAGAGAGAUACCAUCACUCUAGGUAACAACGGGUGGUAUCUUGACAUGACUUCCACUGACGAGUCUGCUUGGGCUAACUCAGUCUCCACAGUCUGUGCUAAAACCUCUACCGGUGUCUGUAUCGGUGAAUCUGUUGUUGCUACCAUCUUAACUGCUUUGAUGGCUCUAGGUAACACCGGUGCUACUACCUCAGAUUCAAGUGUUUCCUCAUCUGCUGUUGGUUACAGUAACAACACUCAAUCUUCUACUGUUGGUACUGAUGGUACUACCACUAUUGCUGCUCCAGUUACUACUUCUUCCGGUUCCCCAACCACUACCACUUCCGCUCACGUCAACUUGCUAUCUAAGAUCUUAUCUGAUGUCAAGGCUAUCCCAACUGAAAUUGCUGAUAGUUUCGAAGAUGCUGGUCUAAAAUUAUUAGGUGUUUACAACCUAACUAACGCUGCCAAGACUUUAUCUGAAAUUCAAAACACUACUAAAACUGUUGAAAGUGACAUCAAGUCUAAGAUCUCUCAAGCUGUUCACAACGUCGAAAGUCGUGCUGAUGCUGUCAAGAGUCGUGCUGAUGCCAUUAAGACCAAGAUCCAAUCCGCUGUCAAGAACGAAGUCUCCAAUGUUGAAUCUGACGCUAAGACCGUCGCUAGCAAUGUUGCCAGCGAUGUUGAAAGCACCAUCGACACCGUUCUACAUUUCAACUCUUCUCUAGGUCAACAUUUGGUCACUGCCAUUGGUAACACUAACUUAACUGAACUUGCUGAUCUUAUCUCCAAGGCUAUCCCAGGUGUCCCAUCUUUCGACACAAUCAAUGAUGACGUUGAAAACACUGUUGAAAACAUUGCUGAUAAGGUUAAAGAAGUUGCCAAGGACACUGUUUCUGACUUACAAACUGCUAUCUCUAACUUAGAAUCUAAGGUUUCUUCUGACAAAGACAAUAUUCAAGCUGCUAUUGACAAUAUCAAGACCAUUGCUGAAAGUGCUGCCAAGAAUGUUGAAACUGCCGCUCAAAACACCACUAAGAAUGCCAUCAACUGGAUCUCUUACAACAUUAAGAAUGCUGAUGCCGAUAUUGCUGACGUUAUCUCUCAACUACCAACUUUCAACAUUACCAAGUUCUCUAGUGAAAUUUCUAACUUCGUUGACAACCUAGGUGACUUCAAGUUCUGUCUAUCCCCAUCUACCGGUUACAAUAUUUCUUACACUUCCCCAAGUACCAUCUUCGGUGAAGUCUACUUCAACACUUACGGUGGUGUCGAAUCUCAAUGUCAAUAG